CAGAGAGCUCUGGGGUCUCGGAGCCUCUUCCUCUGCUUCGGGGGCUUCCGUGGCUUGGGCAAGGAGCUGCCGGGCCCAUGGAGGAGCAGAAGUUGGUGAUUGGCAUCGACCUGGGCACGGCUGAUUCGUAUGUCGCCUAUGUCCGCGGCGGCGCCAUUGAGGUGGUCCAGAACGAGGUGUCUCAGCGGAAGACGCCCAGCUUAGUGGGCUUCACAGACCGAGAGCGCUUGCUGGGGGACACCGCGCUGUCCCAGAUCAAGUCCAACUCGAAGAACACCUGCCGCAACUUCAAGCAUUUGCUCGGCCAAAGGUUCGACUCUCCGGCCGUGGAAUCCGAGAAGUUUUGGUCUACUUGCCCACUGGUGGCCAACGAGGAUGGUUUCGCUGGCUAUUCCGUCGGCUACAAGGGGGAGACCGCGCAGUUUUCGGCCACCGAGGUCGCCGCCAUGUUCCUCACAAAGCUGAAGCAAGUCACUGAGGAGUGGUGCACCGCGAAGGUGGCGGACGCGGUGAUCGCAGUGCCCUCCUACUUCAGCGACUUCCAGCGGCAAGCGCUGCUCGACGCGGCGGCUAUCGCGGAUCUCAAUUUGCUCAGAGUGGUCAAUGAACACACCGCUACGGCGCUGGAGUACGGCUUCUUCCGGCACAGCAGCUUCGAUGCCGAGCAGCCCACCACCGUGGCCUUCUGCCAGAUGGGUCAUUCCAACUUCUCGGUGGCCAUCGUGCAGUUCACCAAGGCCAAGCUCGCGGUGCUCUGCGAGCGCUCCGACAAGGUGGGCGGCCGGGACAUGGACGAGUGCCUCAUCCGGGCUUUCGCCGAGCAGUUCAAGAAGAAGACAGGCUGCGAUGUUCUGUCCAACAAGAAGGCGUGCUUCAAGUUGGAGGAUGCGGUCACCAAGACCAAGAAGAUCCUCUCCGCGAACACGGAGGCCGGGGUCUCCUGCGAGUGCCUCAUGGAGGACCACGACUUCGGCAGCAAUGUCGACAGGGAUACCUUCCUGGACAUGUGCAAGCCCAUGAUGAAGAAGGUCAGCGACGUCCUCGAUGCGGCCAAAGCGGCCUGCAACCUCCCGCUGGCCUCCAUCGAUGCGGUGGAGAUUUGCGGCGGAGCUGCUCGCGUGCCCUGGGUCAAGGAGAUGUGUUCCAAGGCCUUCGGAGGCAAAGAGCUGUCCACCACCAUGAACGCGGAUGAGUGCGUGGCACGAGGUUGCGCCUUGCAGGCGGCCAUGUUGUCGCCCUUGUACAAGGUCCGGGACUUCAAGGUGGAGGAUAGCUGCAAGUUCCCGAUCAGUCUGGGCUGGCAAAUGCCAACCACCGAGGGCGAAUCCAAGGCCAUGAGCUCCGUGGUCUUUGGCAGCGACUCGGUGAUGAAUCUCCUGAAGGUCAUCACCUUCCGCAGGAAGGCGCCCUUCGAGCUCACAGCAGUCUAUGGCGAGGGCCUGCCUCCCGGGGCCUCUAAGGACUUGGGGACCUACGUCAUCGAGGUGCCGUCCCUGGAAGCGCCGAAGAAGGUGAAGGUCAAAACCGCGCUGACGGUCCAUGGCACUUUCUGCGUGCAGGGGGCUCAGCUCGUGGAGGAGUUGGAGGAGCAAGAUGCUCCCAUGCCCGACGCCGCAGAGGGCAACGAGGCGUCGCGGAAGAGGAAGAAGCUGAAGCGCACGGAUCUGCAGAUCACCAAGAAGGGCUGCCCCGGCCUGGGCGAGGCGGCGCUAAAGAAGAGCAAGGAGAAGGAGGAGAAGAUGAUCCAAGAAAUGCAGGAAGUGAUCGAGAUCAAUGCGAGGAAGAACGAUUUGGAGGCGUACAUCCUGGGCAUGCGGAGCAGCAUCGCGGAGGGCGGGAAGUAUGCCUCCUACAUCAAGGCGGAAGACAGCGCCACCCUUGCGAAGCAGCUCGAAAGCGCGGAGGACUGGCUGUACGACCACCCGGACGACCCGAAGGAGGCCUUCGUCGAGAAGCUGCAGGAGCUCAAGG